AUGCAGCACCUACGAUCACGCGGCGCCUGUUUCGCCGAUAUUCUCGCUGCGCGCCUCUCUACUCUGGUCUCCAGCACUUUCCCCGCAGCUUCCUACCAUGCAUCUGUCCACGUGUUCCCAUGCAUGGCUGAGGAACGCCAGAGCCAAAGGGCAGGCUCGGCAGCUGCAGCUGGUUCGGCAGCAGGCUCGGCAGCAACACCAGGUUCGGCACCAGCAGCAGGAGCAGGAACGGCAGUGUCAGCAGCGAGAGCGGCUGCAGGAUCAACAGCAGCAGCAGAGGCAGUCAGACAGAAUCUGAACAGGCUGCGCUACCGCAGCAGGCAGAGGGGGUUCUUAGAACUGGAUCUGCUGCUGGGCAAGUGGGUGGAGCAGCACCUGCCCUCUCUGGACCCGCCUCACUUGACAGCACUUGCACGCCUCAUGGACGAGGAGAGUCCGGAUCUCUUCAAGUGGUUCACAGGGCAGGAGCAAGCACCAGAGCACGUGGUGCACAAUCCUGUGUAUAUCUCCAUUCGCAGCAAGGUAGACGAGAGGCUGCAUCGUAUGCACCCAGCAGUGAAGGCCGAGCCUGGCCUGCCGUGGGUGAGGGGGUGGGAGGACAUGCAGAGGCAAGCGGGCACACCCCCUGCUGGCAACCAGUAG